AUGCUCAGAUUUCUUGUCUUGACCUCUCUCGCCGCCCUGGUGCUGGCUGAGCUGGAGCCCCAGCCCAGGUACUUGGAGGACAGCAUUGAGGAGAGAGUUGUUGGAGGCGAGGUGGCCAGCCCUAACUCCUGGCCCUGGCAGAUCUCUCUUCAGUACAAAUCUGGCAGCAACUUCUACCACACCUGUGGAGGAACCCUGAUCAGGAGAGGAUGGGUCAUGACUGCUGCUCACUGUGUGGACAGGUCCAGGACUUGGCGUGUUGUUCUUGGAGAUCACGACAUCAACAGGCAUGAGGGAACAGAGCAGUACAUGAGCGUAAGCCAAGUGUACAUCCACCACGGCUGGAACUCCAACAAUGUUGCCGGAGGGUGGGACAUUGCUCUCCUGCGUCUGUCUUCUGAUGCUUCUCUCAACAACAACGUCCAGCUGGGUGCCCUGCCUCCCUCUGGCCAGGUCCUGCCCAACAACAACCCCUGCUACAUCAGUGGAUGGGGACGUACCCAGACCGGAGGUCAGCUGUCUGCCCAGCUGAAGCAGGCCUACCUCCCUGUUGUUGACCACAAGACCUGCUCCAGCUAUGGAUGGUGGGGCAGCACUGUGAAGGACUCCAUGGUCUGUGCUGGUGGUGGCAGUGAGUCUGGUUGCCAGGGUGACUCCGGCGGCCCCCUGAACUGCAGUGUCAAUGGCCAGUGGGUUGUCCACGGUGUGACCAGCUUUGUGUCCUCUUCUGGCUGCAAUGCCUACAGGAGGCCCACCGUCUUCACCCGCGCAUCUGCUUACAUCAGCUGGAUGAACAGCGUCAGUACUUAA